AUGAAAAGAAAACUUGAAAAGAAACAAGUGCUUGUGGGAAAGAAGAUCAAAAUGAAGAGCAUUGAAUUAUUCCCUGAUGAUAUUUGUUAUGAAAUAUUAAAAUAUUUAAAUUUUCAACAAGUGCUACUGAACGCAUGUAAAAUUUCAAAGCAAUUUUACAGAAUUUCCACCACAAGAUAUGAAUUUACAAUCAAAUCGGAAGAAACUGCUGAUGAUUGGUUCAAAUACAAAAGUAUUUGGACUAAAUUUGUUAAAUAUUGUGAAAAACACCAUUGCCCCUAUUUGAAGAAUGUUAGAACAUUGAUAAUUAUUGACGUGUUGUUGGUUUUAGAUGAUGAUGAAUGGGAAAUUGUUUGUGCAAUGAAGGAAUUGAGAGAAUUGAGAUUGGAAAUUUUUAUUAAAACUUUGGAAAACAAGCAAAUUCAAAUGUUGGCUAAACAUUUAACAAAACUGGAAAAGAUUAUAUUAGGUGGUAAUGUUAGUGAUGAAAAUGUUCAACAAUUUCAAUUAUUUCCAAAUUUAACAAGUUUGAAAAUACCACAGGGUCAUAUUACUAAUUUGAAAAAUAUAGCCAAAUUAGAAAAAUUGACUGAAUUGGAUAUUGGAGAAUGUUGUGAUAUUGUGUUGGACGAUGGUCUCAGUCCUCUGGCUUUAAUGAAAAAUCUGACAAGUUUGUCUCUUUCAAAAAUUGUAUUCGCACCUGAAGAGUACAAGCCCAUCACACAAUUACCUCGCCUUGUCUCUUUGGAUGUGUCCUCUUCAGAUAAUACUGUUGAAUCAAUCAAGAUAUUGACAAGCUCACUAAAGCAGUUAACAAUAUUUAACAUUAGCAACAAUUUUCUGAUUGGGGAUGAAGCUGCUCGAUUAAUUGGAGAAUCACUGAAACAAUUAACAUUUUUAAACAUCAGCAAUACCAAUUUACAACCACAAGGAGUUAAAUAUAUUUGUGAAUUGACAGAGUUGAGACAUCUUGAAAUGGGAGAAAAUCAGAUUUUCGAUCAGGAGGUGGUUUUCAUUUGCAAAUCAAAAUUUUCAUCCAAAUUGACAAACUUGGAUUUGAAAAAUACUAGAAUUUCAAAAGAAUGUCUCAAAUCACUAUCUACACUCGACAAUCUUCAAUAUCUUAAUUUGAUGUUUACAGAAAUAGACAAAUCCAACAUUACAUUUCCAUUCAAGAAAUUGAGAUUCCUCACACUUAAGGAAAAUAACCUAGAUGGAGAUGAAUUGGAAGAAUUGACCAAUUUCAAUCAACAAUAA